AGCAACCCUCCCAUCAUUUUCUCUCUCUUAAGUCCUCCUGAUAGGCAACAAAGACCAAAAUCCUUUCUGUCUUUUCCUCUGAACAAAGUUUUAAUCUUCUGGAGAAAAUAAUAACUAAAACCAAAAACCAAAAGAAAAGCAGGGAAUGUCUAUCUGCAUCAAUUCCAACUUCUGACCAAAACUAACAAAAAAGCUGGAAAAAGAGCAAAAACAGAGGAAAAAGACAGAGAAGAAAGCAGAGAUGGGAGGAGUAACGUCUUCAAUGGCUUCAAAGUUCGCUUUUUUCCCACCAAACCCACCUUCAUACAAGCUUGUAACUGAUGAACUAACUGGUCUUUUGCUUCUAAGUCCUUUUCCUCAUAGAGAAAAUGUUGAGGUUCUUAAGCUACCAACUCGGCGUGGUACCGAGAUUGUGGCUAUUUACAUCAGGCAUCCUAUGGCUACUUCCACUUUGCUUUACUCUCAUGGAAACGCUGCGGAUCUGGGUCAGAUGUAUGAGCUUUUCAUCGAAUUGAGCAUCCACUUGAGGGUCAAUCUAAUGGGCUAUGACUAUUCGGGGUAUGGGCAAUCUUCUGGAAAGCCAAGUGAGCAGAAUACAUAUGCAGAUAUUGAAGCUGCAUAUAAAUGUCUUGAAGAAAGGUAUGGUACAAAACAGGAAGAUAUCAUCCUUUAUGGCCAAUCUGUUGGUAGUGGUCCCACUUUGGAUCUAGCAGCUCGGCUGCCUCAGUUAAGAGCUGUUGUACUGCACAGUCCCAUACUUUCUGGCUUAAGAGUCAUGUAUCCUGUAAAGCGUACGUAUUGGUUUGACAUUUAUAAGAAUAUUGAUAAAAUUCCACUUGUCAAUUGUCCUGUUCUUAUCAUUCAUGGAACUUCAGAUGAAGUUGUCGAUUGCUCUCAUGGUAAGCAACUUUGGGAACUGUGCAAAGAGAAGUAUGAACCACUUUGGCUUAAAGGAGGGAACCACUGUGAUCUAGAGCACUAUCCUGAGUAUAUAAGGCAUCUGAAGAAGUUCAUAUCAACUGUUGAGAAAUCUCCUUCUCAAAGGUACAGUUCUAGGAGAAGCACAGAUCAAUUUGGGCAGUCUCGGAAAAGUACGGAUGUGUUUGAGGUUUCAAGGAAGAGUACUGAUCGAAGAGAGAAACCAAGAAAGAGCACUGACCGGCUGGAGAAGUUGAAAACUCAGUCUAAUAAUAUGGAUAAGCUAGAAAAAUUAAGAAUCUCUUUCGAUCAAUUGGAAAGGUCUCGGAGGAGUGUGGAUUGCCUUGAGAAAUCCCGAAAAAGCAUUGAUCACCAGUUGGAAAGAGCUCGGAAAAGUGUUGAUCGGUUGGAUAGAAUACGAACUGGGUAAAACACUUUCAUGUAAAGAUAUGCAUGCAUGCAUGCAUGCAAGUGUUUGGUGUUGUGAGAAAUUCA